AUUACACUGAUCUUUAAGUUUAUAAAUUUUGUUACCUUGACGUUAUCAUUAAAGAUGAUAACGUUCGCUUUAUCUUGAUAUACGUAGUCCUGACAUGAAAGUGAAGUGUGAGCUGCACGAUGUUUAAGAUGUAUUCCUACAUCUUUUACAUAAGAAAAAUAUUGUUAUUUUUGUUAUUUACAGUAACUGUAAAAGCUGAAGACAAUCUUGUAUGUGUGACUCAUCAAUCUCGAACGUUCUAUAACCUCACAAUUGCAAAUAAUUGGCUUUUAAAAGAAAAUACUUUGGAUUGCAUGAGCAAUAUCAAUAAUGGAUCUGAAAUGUUCACGAUUAGUUCACCAAAUGAACUAUUUUUGUUAAAUCAAGAUGAUUUUUAUGUUUUUGGAGAAAUCAGGUUAAAUGAAAAUGCAUUUGAUAAAAGUCAAAGCACGGUGGUGAUAACAACCGAAGAUAUAAAUCUAACAAAUCUAAAGCAAUUAAAAUAUUGUCAUCCGGGUGGAAAUGUUACAACCCCUCCAUGGGUUACAAACGAAUUUAUCACAACAAUUUUAAAUUAUCAAAAAAAUGAUAAAAAUAUACUUAUGAACAACACUCUAUUUGACAAUAGUUACAUCCUUUUAAAUUCGACUCUAGGACCGUCAUGUUUACAGAAUGUUUGGAGUGAUGAUGAAAAUUUAAAAAAAUUAUAUCCGAAACUUUUCGCAUUAUGUCCUCGCUACAAACAUGAAUACAAUGCGUUUGAACAAUCUUUACGAUGUUUAAUAAAUGGAGACGGAGACAUAGCUGUAACAUCUUUGGAAAUAGUGCAUGAACUUGAGCAAGAAAUAUUGUCACGAUCAAGAGAAUUUUUUUCAUUUUGUAAAAAUAAUACACGGCAAAAAUUGAAUAAUCCAUGUCUUUGGAGGACUACUACUUGGCCUGUUCUCAUUGGAAAUAAAAAUAAUAGUGAACGUCUUCCAGAGAUCGUACAAGCAUUAAAAUACUUUUCACCUUUUCCAAAUAGCAUUUCCUUAUCAAAUUAUAUUAAAGGAUUUAAUGAAAACGCUACUUUCUACCCUUCUAAUGAUAUUACUUUUUCUACAAAACAAAAGAAAAUAUUAUCUUGGUGCACCUUAACUAAAGAAGAAUAUGAAGAUUGUGUGUUACUCCAAAAAAUAUUUUCAUCAUACGAUAUACAUAUAAAAAUUACAUCUUGUGUAAAAGCUGAAGCAGACUACUUGGACAAAUAUGAAUGCAUUAAUAAUAUAAAUAAAGGAAUUUCUAGUGUAACAUUCCUACACAGUGAUCAACUCUUCACAGCUAAAAGAACAAACCUUAAAGUAGCUGUUUAUGCAAAUGCUGGCCAAAACGUAAUUAAAUCAAUUCUCUUCGUUAAUUCAAGCAUCAUUAAAAGUAUUGAUGAUCUUAAAAAUAAGAAAGGUUGCUUUUCUGAAUAUGGUUCUAUAGAUUGGGUCUCUUUUGUAUCAGCUUACAAAACUCAAAUCCUUAAAACAUCGUGUUUUUAUGAUGAAGAGCUGAGUAAAUUUCUUGGUGAUUCUUGCAUGCCUGGUGUGAGAGACGAUUUGCGAAAGAGGAAAGACUCUGUUGAUGUUGAACAUGUUUGUAGGAUUUGUGAAGCUUCUUCAAACUCUCCGACGGCCGUGAACUGUAAUGCGGAUCAAAACGUAAAUAUUUUUGCAACUAGUAAUGGUGCAAUGGAUUGUUUAAAGAAAUUAGUUGGUCAAUUUGCAGUCGUUAGGAUAGAUAACAAUUUUAAUAUCUCCUCUAAUGAAAUUGCACAAGGAGUAAAAGUAAUGUGCAAGAAUGGAACUUUACUCGACUUCAAUAAAAUUGAUGAUGAAUGUUAUUUAUCGAUAACACCAUAUGGGGGAAUUGUUACCAAGGAAGGAUUGGAUGGAGAAGUUAAAUUAGCAUUUUCAGAAUUGAAAUCACGCAAUUUGCAAUAUGGGUGGUUGCCACGUGAAUAUAUUUCUAAUUUAUUUACGAAUCUUUUUCCUGUAAAAUUAAUAACAGAAUUGGUCUCUGUUGAAUCUUGUACCAAAACCGUACAAAGCGCUUUUUGCAAACAUACCUUAGAACUUGAUAAUAUGAUAGAAGAAGCGGAUUCUUGCUUGAAUAAUAAACCUGAAGCCAGGCAAGGUGAUUCCAUCGGUAUGAUAGUAGGAAUAGUGCUUCUUUUUCUUGUUUUAUUGGGCGCGGCAGCUGGUUACAAAGUAUAUCAAAAAUACAAAAAUAAUGGAAACGACAACGACAAUACGAAUGAAACGCAGCACAAAACACAAGAUGAAAGUGAUAAUGGAGAAGUGAAUGGAAAUGAGACUGAAAAUGAUCCUUUAAAUAGGCAAAAUUAAAAAUAAUUUCAAUACCCAUCAAACUCAAAAUAAUUUAAGUAAUUAAAUUAUUACUUUUGUUAUUUUUAUUUGUAAU